GUCGCGGCGCCCGCUCCCGUGUCCCGCUCCGGGACGCUAGUGAUGUGCUGUGUACGAAAAUUAAAAAAGUAAAAAAAAAAAAUAACAGUGAUGUGUUUUGUGAUUGUUUAGGAAUCGCUGCCGGUUCCUUACAUGGCUUACCGCCGAUGUAAACACAAAGCCGAAAUGAGAUGAGUAUGCGCGUGUCGUGGGCCAGGUGGUAUUGGAUAAUUGUCUUCACCACGUGCACCGCGAGGACGGCCAGCGACUGGCUCGACUGCGCCCACAUCGCCACCUGUCGCUGCAAGUGGUCCUCAGGGAAGAAGACCGCCACGUGCGCGUCCAGCGACCUCCGCCGCCCGCCAGCUCUCUCGCCAGACAUACAGGUCCUCGACCUCCACGACAACCCCCUCAGAAACCUCCCGCAAGAAGUUUUCUCCAACAUCGGCCUACUAAAUUUACAACGGCUCAAUCUGAGAGCCACAAAACUUAGAUCUAUCCACCCAGACGCUUUCCUAGAAUUAAGAAUUUUAAUCGAAGUGGAUUUAGCUGACAACGACCUAGCUCUUCUUCCGAGGGACAUAUUCAGAGGCAACGAGAGAUUACGCCUAGUCAUGCUAAGCAACAACCCUUUAACGACGUUGCUAGCAGACCAGUUCCCGCCGCUUCCCCAUCUAAGGAUACUUCUACUAGACGGCUGCAGGUUAAAGACAAUACACACGAACGCCUUGCGAAACCUAAAAUCUCUAGAGACUAUAGACUUACGAAGAAAUCAACUGACAUUCCUAAGAUUGAUCACAUUUUCUUUGCCCGCUUUAAAAACGUUGUCAUUAUCUGGCAAUCCUUGGAGAUGUGACUGUCGUUUGCGUGAGUUCAAAGAUUGGUUUUUAGAAAGCAAACUGGGAACUGAGGAAUUAAAUUGUGUUGAACCUUCAUUUCUAUCAGGAAGCACAUGGCGUAGUGUGCCCAGUGAGACGAUGGCGUGUCCGCCUGAAGUGAAAUCGAGUACAUUGGUUGUGAGAGCAGAAGUUGGAUUAGCUGCUACGUUUGGUUGUUGGGUCCAUGGAGUACCAAAUCCUACUGUUACAUGGCUAUUAGAUGGAGUAGAAAUACGAAAUAGUACGAUCGAUUGUGACAUGGAAGAAACGGAUACGACUAUAGAGGACGAUUAUUCAGAUGACAGAGUACCGGGUAGUGUUAGAUGGGUGAAUAUUACCUUGUUAAAUGUCACAUCGAGUGCAGCUGGUGAAUGGACUUGUGUAGCUAAAAGUUUAGCAGGAGAAGCAAGAGCUGUUAUAAGUCUCGUUCUACCAAGAUCUCAGACAGCUACAGCGCGUACAGCUCCUGGAAUACCACAGCUGUUAGGAGUAGUCUUUGGAGCUUUAGGGGCAUUAGCGACUCUUGGAUUUCUAGCUGCCGUAGCUUGCUGGAACUUAAGAAGACGGACUGUACCUCCGAGUAGAAGUUUCACUGACCAAGAGAAACGUUUGAUAGAUGCUUCUGUAGUUGUAAGUUGUGAUCGCUCCAUCGCCGAUAUGGCAUCCCCGUGUAACUUCGAACUAACUGAACGAUCUAUAUCAGAAGACCAGCCUAGGGGAUGCGGUUUUGAUCCUGUUCAUAUAACGAUAGAAGGUACGCCCGGAGCGUUUCCACCGCCACCGGCAGAAUUCGCUGUACCAGUUCCGUAUGGUAAUAUUUUUAUAUCUGUCCAAGUAGCUGGUAGAGUCGACCCUGGGAAGUAUCCUGAUUUAUUAAGCGGAGGAGCAACCUUGCCUCGCCGAAGUAGAACAUGCUGUAAUGCCCCAGCGUAUGACAAUAUGGGCCCUAGAGUUACAGCCACAGGAAGCUCGACUUGGUCGUUACCAGGAGCGAGUACGGAAAACGUUGAAUCUUCAGAGACCCCGGUAUUAUCGUUACCGCCACCUCCACCAGAGUUCGUUUCGCUUUAGCCUCGGCCGUUGGUACUGGACGCUUCGAGCCUGAGGUGACCUGGUACCUAAAACUUUUGAAGUCAAUUAGACUAUUUCCCAAUUUUAUUGUAUUUGUAAUACGAUAAUUUUAAAGUGAUUAAUUUAAAUGAGAGUUUUGUAAAUAGUGUGCGUGAAUGAUGUGAGACAUCCUGUGAGAUUUAAAUACGUAAGAUUGUUAUCAAUAUUGAAGAAUUGUAUGAUAAAUAACAUUUUAUGUGCAUCGUUUACUCGUAUGGAAUGUUUAUUACUCUUGAAAGCAUUUAGUGUCUACCUGUUUGUUUACUAGUUAUCCUUUUUGUGACUUCGCGUAAGUGUCUUCCCAACUUUUGUAAAUAUUGUUUAAUCGUGUUUACAAACUUCCCAAAUAUAAGACUGACCUCUUUGUCUUAUUUUCGUCUCUCUAUACGACUCGUGAGUACGACUUCGACUGUAUAAAGCUAUAUCCUUCACAUAGGCCAAACUAUAGCUUCGAAAGUUUCAUUUGAAAGCAAAAUAAUGUAAAAAUAAACCGAUCACAUUAAUACGA